CGCUCCGCAGAGUGCGCUGCGCGGGGCGGGGCGGGGCGGGCGGCGCGGGGGCACUUCCUGCCGCCGCCAUUUUGUCAGCGGCCGGGAGGAGGAAGCGGCGGCUCCUGCGCGGAGGCAGCGGCCCCGCGGCCCGCGAUCUUUCUUUGGAUAGUCGCGUCAAAAAUGAAGGUCAGAGGGUCGAGCUGGUGAAGAACCCAAAGGAUCGACUCCCAUUUCAGGCCCGGCACCCGAAGGCAGCUGUGCCUGCGCCCGCAGGAGAUCGAUGGACAAGCCAGGCGACCUCUGACCGCGCAUCGGCUUCUGGGGCAAAAUCCUAUGGCAAUGUAUCCCACAAGGGUGUCCGGUGAGGAAUGCAAUGGGAUCAACAGCAUGUCGACGGAAAGCGGCCCCGGAACGAGACUGAGGAACCUGCCGGUGAUGGGGGACGGACUGGAGACCACCCAGAUGUCCGCGGCGCAGUCGCAGGCUCAACCGCAGCCCGGCGGCGUGGUCGGCGUGAACCCCCCUCCGCCGGAGACUUCCAACCCUAACAAACCCAAGCGUAUGACCAACCAGCUGCAGUAUCUGCUCAAGGUGGUGCUGAAGACGUUAUGGAAGCACCAGUUUGCGUGGCCUUUCCAGCAGCCUGUGGACGCCGUCAAGCUGAACCUCCCCGAUUAUUAUAAGAUAAUUAAAACUCCGAUGGAUAUGGGAACAAUAAAGAAACGCUUGGAGAAUUACUACUACUGGAACGCUCAAGAAUGUAUCCAGGAUUUUAACACCAUGUUUACAAACUGCUACAUCUACAACAAGCCAGGGGAUGACAUAGUCUUAAUGGCGGAAGCUCUAGAGAAGCUUUUCCUGCAGAAGAUCUCGGAAAUGACGCAGGAGGAGACGGAAAUCGUUAUCGCGCAGACCAAGGGGAGGGGGCGCGCGAGGAAGGAUGCAGUGACCUCCAAACCGGGAUCAUCGGCCGUUCCCAACGCCACCCCAGCCUCCUCCCCGGCGCAACCGCCGCCGCCACCGCAGCCCCUCGCGGCGCCGCCGCCGCCGCACCCCUUCCCCCCCGUCACCCCCGACCUCAUCGUCCCCGCGCCCGUGAUGACGAUGGUGCCUCCGCAGCCGCCCGCGCCGGCCCCCCCGGCCCCCGCGCCGCCCGCCCCGGCCCCCCAGCCCCUCCAAGCGCACCCGCCCGUCAUCCCCACGCCCGCCCAGCCCGUCAAGACAAAAAAAGGGGUGAAGAGGAAAGCAGACACCACGACCCCCACCACCAUCGACCCGAUCCACGACUCCUCGUCGCUCCCCGCCGAGCCCAAAGCCACCAAAUGCGGCCCGCGGCGGGAGAGCAGCCGCCCGGUGAAGCCGCCCAAGAAGGACGUUCCGGACUCCCAACAACACGCGGCGGAGAAGAGCAGCAAGAUCUCGGAGCAGUUGAAAUACUGCGGCGGGAUCAUCAAGGAGAUGUUCGCCAAGAAACACGCGGCCUACGCUUGGCCGUUCUACAAACCCGUGGACGUGGAGGCGCUGGGGCUGCACGACUAUUGCGACAUCAUCAAACACCCCAUGGAUCUGAGCACCAUCAAGUCCAAACUGGAGAACCGGGAGUACCGAGACGCUCAGGAAUUCGCCGCCGACGUGCGACUCAUGUUCUCCAACUGCUACAAGUACAACCCGGCCGACCACGAGGUGGUGGCCAUGGCGCGGAAACUGCAGGACGUGUUUGAGAUGCGUUUCGCCAAGAUGCCGGACGAGCCCGAAGAGCCGGCGGUUCCGGCCUCGUCCCCGGCCGCGCUGCCCCCACCCGCCAAGGCCACCGUCCCGUCCUCCAGCGACAGCAGCAGCGACAGCAGCAGCGACAGCGACAGCUCGUCCGACGACUCGGAGGAGGAACGCGCCCAGCGCCUGGCCGAGCUGCAGGAGCAGCUGAAGGCCGUGCACGAGCAGCUGGCGGCUCUGUCCCAGCCCCAGCAGAACAAACCAAAGAAAAAGGAGAAAGACAAGAAGGAGAAAAAGAAGGAGAAGCACAAAAAAAAGGAGGAGCUGGAGGAGGCCAAGAAGAGCAAAGCCAAGGAGCCGCCCACCAAAAAGCCCAAGAAGAGCAACAGCACCAGCAGCACCUCCAGUAAGAAGGAGGCGGCGGUGCCCAAGAGCAGCAAAGCGGCGCCGGCCUACGAGUCGGAGGAGGAGGAGAAGUGCAAACCCAUGUCGUACGAGGAGAAGCGGCAGCUGAGCCUGGACAUCAAUAAACUCCCCGGUGAAAAGUUAGGCCGGGUUGUGCACAUCAUCCAAUCCCGGGAACCCUCGCUUAAAAACUCCAACCCCGACGAGAUCGAGAUCGACUUCGAGACCCUCAAACCCUCCACCCUGCGCGAGCUCGAGCGCUACGUCACCUCCUGCCUGCGCAAGAAGAGGAAAGCCCCGGCGGAGAAGGUGGACGUGAUCGCUGGCUCCUCCAAGAUGAAGGGAUUCUCCUCCUCAGAGUCUGAGAGCACCAGCGAGUCCAGCUCAUCUGACAGCGAAGAUUCAGAAACAGAAAUGGCACCAAAAUUGAAGAAAAAAGGGCAUUCGGGGCGAGAGCAGAAAAAGCAUCACCACCACCACCACCAACCUGCGCAACAACCGCCGCCACCGCAGCCCCCGGCGCCGCCGCAGCCGCCUCCGCCGCAACCGCUGCCGCAAGCGCUGCCCCCCCAGCAGCCGCCACCGCCGCCGCCCGUCCCCCAACAACAACCCCCCCAACCCAUGAAAUCGUCCCCUCCGCCCUUCGUCCCCGCUCAAGUCCCCGGGGUCCUGGAGCACCCGCUGCCGGGGAACAUGUUCGACACCAUGACGCAUUUCAGCCAGCCCAUCCUGCACCUCGCGCAGCCCGACAUGGCGCCGCACCUGCCGCAGCCGCCCGAGCACAGCACUCCGCCGCACCUCGGCCAGCACGCCGUGGUGUCCCCGCCAGCUUUGCACAACGCUCUGCCUCAGCAGCCCUCCCGGCCCAGCAACCGCGCGGCGGCGCUGCCCCCGAAGCCGUCGCGCCCGCCCGCCGUGUCGCCGGCGCUGGCCCAGCAGCCGCUGCUCCCGCAGCCACCGCUGCCGCAGCCGCCCCAGGUGCUGCUGGAGGACGAGGAGCCGCCGCCGCCGCCGCACCACAACCUGCCUCUGAGCGCCAGCCAGAUGCAGCUCUACCUGCAGCAGCUGCAGAAAGUGCAGCCGCAGACUCCGCUUCUCCCUUCAGUGAAGGUCCAGUCGCAGCCGCCGCCGCUGCCGCCGCCGCCGGCUCACCCCGCCGUGCAGCAGCUGCAGCACCAGCCGCCGCCGCGGCCCCUGCACAUGCAGCCCCUGCCCUUCCCGCCGCACCUCCCGCAGCCGCAGCCGCCGCCGCCGCAGCAGCACCCGCCCCCGCAGCCGCCCCCGCCGCCGCCGCCGCCGCCGGCCAAGCCGCAGCAGGUCAUCCAGCACCACCCGUCGCCGCGGCACCACAAGCCCGACCCCUACGCGACCGGUCACUUGCGGGAAGCCCCUUCCCCUCUCAUGAUGCAUUCCCCACAGAUGCCGCCGUUCCAGGGCUUGGUCCACCAGUCGCCACCUCAACAAACCAUCCAGCCAAAAAAACAGGAGAUGCGAGCCGCCUCGGUGGUGCAGGCGCAGCCGCUGGUGGGGAAGGAGGAGAAGAUGCACUCGCCCGCCGUGCGCAACGAGACCUUCAGCCCCCCGCUGCGGCAGGAGCCGCCCAAGCACCCCGAGGGCGGCAAAGCGCCCGCGCACGGCCCGCAGCGGCCGGAGCUGAAGCCCCUGGAGGGGGGGCGACCCGUGAUCAGACCCCCGGAGCAGAACCCCCCCCAGCCCGGAGCGCCCGACAAGGAGCGGCAGAAGCAGGAGCCCAAGACGCCCGUCGCCCCAAAAAAGGACCUGAAGAUCAAGAACAUGGGCUCCUGGGCCAGCCUGGUGCAGAAACAUCCCACCACGCCGUCCUCCACGGCCAAGUCCUCCAGUGACAGCUUCGAGCAGUUCAAGAGGGCGGCGCGGGAGAAGGAGGAGCGGGAGAAGGCGCUGAAGGCGCAGGCGGAGCAGGUGGAGAGGGAGAAGGAGCGGCUGAGGCGGGAGCAGGAGAGGAUGAGGAGCCGGGAGGACGAGGACGCCAUGGAGCAGGCGCGCCGGGCGCACGAGGAGGUUCGGCGGCGCCAGGAGCAGCAGCAGCAGCAGCAGCAGGUGACGGCGGUGACGGUGACGGCGGCGGCGGCGGCACCGCAGGCCCAGAGCUCGCAGCCCCAGGCCUCCCAGUCCAUGCUGGACCAGCAGCGGGAGAUGGCCAGGAAGAGGGAGCAGGAACGGAGGCGCCGGGAAGCGAUGGCGGCGACGAUCGACAUGAAUUUCCAGAGCGAUUUAUUGGCAAUAUUCGAAAGAAAAACCUUUUCUAGCGGCGCCUGGAGAUUUUGGGCUCAUUUCCUCCGGAUUUGACUCUUUAAAAAAAAAAAAAAAAAAAUGGAAAAAAAAAACACACAAAAAAAAGCAAAAAUUCUCCUUUUUUUCCCCCAUUUUCCCCAGCAGGAAAAAGAGAAAAAAAAAAAAAGCUUCGGACUUUCCGUUAAGUGUUAAAAA